AUGCUCUCUGCAGUUCCAAUGCAGCAAAUUACAAUUCCACACGAUGACCCUUCUCCACCUAGUAGUCCAGAUUGCGACAGCGACAAUCAACCUAGUCAUAUAUCUCUCCUCACUGUCCCAGAAACCGGCCACAAUGGUCGUCUUGCGACCCCAAAGCCUCAGCCUCCCGAGACCACAACCCAGUCUCGUUUCCGCUUUCCCCGAAAGACCUCUUCCUAUGCACUUAAGCAACAACCUCCGGGCACACCUUCACCAGCCAAACAUGGGCCACUUCAUGAUCUCAAACGAUUUCUUAACCACCAUAUACCGCAUCCUCAUCCUCCCUCCGCUUCUUCCAGCGCUUCACCCUCGUCCAACGCUUCAUCAUCCCAUACUCCACCAGAACUACAAAUUCAGCCCGCAGAUCAGCGAAGAGGUGAUGACUUUGACACAAAUACCGUAGUCCACGCAGUUCCCAUAAUAUCCACCCACAAGUCAUCUCCAUUUAGCUUCAUACACAAGGCCCGCAACCGCGACAAGGACAAAUCAUCCCCUCAAAAACCUUCCCCUCCCUCCACUUCUCUAUCAUCCAAACGUCCGUCACCAAGUCCUCCAGGCACUCCUACCGCCGUUCCGAUUAUCUCUCUGUCCGAAGCUACUCACGCCCAUCUCUCAAAAAAGUAUGGCAAGUGGGGCCGCGUUCUCGGCACCGGCGCAGGUGGUACAGUUCGCCUUAUUCGCGCACGAACUAAAGCAGGAGGUGCUGUCUAUGCUGUCAAGCAAUUCCGCCCAAGACGUUCCGGCGAAUCCGAGCGUGAGUAUGAGAACAAAGUCAGGGCUGAAUUCUGCGUCGGUGCCUGUCUAAAGCACAUAAAUGUCAUCGAAACAGUUGAUAUCGUCUGCGAUCAUGGUCAUUACUAUGAGGUCAUGGAGUAUGCUCCCUACGACCUCUUCAGUGUCGUCAUGUCUGGCCGCAUGCUACGUCCAGAAAUAUUCUGCGUCUUCCGCCAGAUCUGCAACGGCGUCGCAUACCUUCACUCUCUAGGCCUAGCACAUAGAGAUCUAAAGCUCGAUAACUGCGUCAUGACACAGGGCGACGUUGUCAAACUCAUCGAUUUCGGAACCGCCGUCGUCUUUGCCUAUCCUGGAACCGGCACAUCCAACGGCUCCCUACCGGCAGCAGUCACAGGAUAUGUCAGUGGCGCACUCAAUGCCACUUCCCCUGCACAACUUCCACACCCCAAUGAUCCACCAUCCGGCCCGCACUCCCAUGCAAGAUUGAUACAUGCCACGGGUAUAGUUGGGAGCGAUCCGUACCUAGCGCCCGAAGUCCUAGGAGGUGGCUCGUAUGAUCCUAGAAAAACCGAUGUAUGGAGCGUGGGCGUCAUAUUUGUUUGCAUGGUCCUCCGCCGCUUCCCAUGGGCAGUCCCUGACCGCGAACGCGAUAACUCAUUCAAAGCAUUUAUCGAAGCCGAAGCUUCUUGCCCUCUGCCGCGCCCUAAAUCCAAGCGUAAACACAAGCGUUCAAAUGGCGCAAAACCUGUGUCCUCAGAACCCCCCACCGUCCCACCAAGCCCGGCCAUAAGCGCCCCAGCAAGUCCUGACUCCAUUCAAGGGAGCACAUCCCUGGAUGUCCCGAGUAUCCAUGCCGACGGGUUCAAACCUCUUGACGACAACAAGUCUGUCCUGUCGAAUGCAUCGGUAUACACCGCUACGGCGAGCACGCUCACGUUGUCGUCACCGGCUGGUAGUGAUGCUGGCAGCGAGCACUCACCGCGCCGGCGUGCGAUUGAGCUAGGAUUGCCUAGUCCUGGCGCAAGGACGGCGACGCUACCUGCGAUGUCACCGAAUAUGCAGAGUGCAGUCGUGCCUGAGGGCGGGGAAGCUGAUAAGAGCGUGUUGGUGUUUGCGCGCCCUGGAGUUUCAACAGAGAGUUUGCCUGUGCUGAGGGCAGAGAGCCCGGAGGAGAUGAAGGAUGUGAUCAUCAAUGGGAAUGGGCUGGGGAAGACCCCUAAGGAGCGAGAUUUCGCGCGGGAGUCGCUAACGCCCACGGUCCUGGGGACGAAGGUCAAUGGUGUACAAGCAAACGGUAUACAAGCGCCGUCAAUACCUGAGUCUUCCGCGCCUGCUACCGCAUCAUCUACUGCCCAACCGCCCUCGCCAAAGCGCACGACAGCAUUACCCGGAAGACGCACUCGUUCGUCGUCGACGUCAUCGCCAAAUUCGAUCUUCAGGCUCCUACCUCGUGAAACGCGGCCUGCGCUACGGCGGAUGCUGUGCGUGGACCCUAAGAUCCGCACAACUAUGGGUGAGAUACUGUGGGGACAGCGAGACGUAGGCGGGAUCAUUGCGCUAGCAGAGGGGGAUGAAUGUGGAUGCGAAGAUGGGGAGUGCGAAUCCGAGACAGAAGAACAGGACGAGGAUCAGGAGGAAGAUGGUGCGGAUGAUGAUGAGGAUGGGGACGAGUGGGUGCGGAGUAUUGAGACGUGCACGGAGAGCGGUGGGCCGAAGCAUGUGCAUGUGAGGAUCCAGAGCGAGGAGAAGAGUCUCAAGAAGAGAUUUUUUUGA